GAGGGUCGAAGGCUGGGCUCCAGCGCUUCGGGGAUCCCCCGAGGCCGUCGGCCCGGCCCACCUAGCGGCUGCCCAGCCCUGCCCACCCACCCAGGCGGGCUGCGGGUGCUCUCGGCCACUGGCUCAGAUCGUGCAGGGAGGGCGGGCCUCGGGCAGACCUGGCGCCCCGACUCCGGGCCUGGAUGUCCGUCCCGCCCUGGCCUCCCGCCCUCCGCCACCACCCCUAGCCUCUCUGACUGAGCUCGGAGUCCCGGAGAGGAUUAACACCUGGGGAGACUGAAGCUCCUGUUAUCAAGGAGGCCACCACAGGGACUGGGGCACUCCUGACGUCAGAAGUAAGGGGGCAGGUUGACUGACCACACGCAUCUCCCAGAGUCGGCAUGAGCUCCAGGAUCUCAUCUACUCAGGGCUGGUUUAGCAGCCGCCCACCCACCACUGAGCCCGACCUGGAGCCUACCACUGACGGACCCACUUCUGAGACCCUCAGCCCAGAAGCCACAAGCUUCAAUGACACUAGAGUCCCUGACACAGCCAGUGGGGCGGCUGGUGUGGGCACCAUGCUUCUGUCCUUCGGAAUCAUCACGGUGAUUGGCCUGGCUGUGGCCGUGGUUUUCUACAUCAGGAAGAAGAAGAGGCUGGAGAAACUGCGCCACCAGCUCAUGCCUAUGUACAACUUUGACCCCACGGAGGAGCAAGACGAACUGGAGCAGGAGCUGCUGGAGCACGGGCGAGAUGCAGCCUCUUUGCAGGCCAUGCAAAACAAGAGCACCCUCCCCUCCCAGGGCCCUCUGCAGAGGCCCAGCCGACUGGUGUUUACUGACGUGGCCAAUGCCAUCCAUGCGUGAGUGGCCCAAGAACAGGCCUGGACCUCUGAUAAAGACACCUGCCACCGCGCCCACAGAGCCGCCCAUCACCUGGUUGUCAGACCUAUUCUCAGGACCUGCCCUGCCAAGACAGGAAAGGGCUGGCCAGCCCCAGCUGCUCUGCGGACCUACCUGCUGACUCUCCAGGCCAGCCAUCUAGCCACUGACCUCUCCUAGCCUGACAGCCCGACAUGGAGGGCAUUCUUCACACUAGGCCAAUCCAGAGCCACUGCUGGCUUCCUUACCUCCUGGCCACACCCCUCACACCAAGGUCUGCUUCUCUAAAGUGGAAGAAAUGGAGAGAGACCUGGGAUGAGAGGGGAAGGGGGAGGAGGGAGGUGGCUCCCCUCUGUCAGGGAGAGACCUUGUUUCUGGAAUCUGGGGCUUCCUCCAGGGUAGAAAGAGGCCACUACCCAGGUCAUGGAGACCGGGUAGGACAGCACCUGUUACAGGCCCUGAGUUGCCCAGGAUGGAGCUGAAACUUCUCAGUAGGCAAGAUGCCUGGGAGAAGGGCUGCUCACACCCAAGGUCCAUCCAAGUCACAGAGCACCCGUGCUGUCUCCCGGCCACCUGUCCCUGUUCGCUGUGCCCAAGGAAGGGUGGAAGCUGAGGGAGAAGGAGCUAGGGGAAAUGAUGUGGAGGGACAUAGGCCCGAGACCUACGGAGAGGCCGCCGCACCCACACGAAUGGGUCCACAAACAGACACACGCCUGUCCCAGCACAGGGGCAGGAGGGAGACCUCUGCACGGGCUCUGCCCUCCAAGCCCACCCGCAUGCCAUGGUGCGUAGUGGGGGAUCAGGUAGGCUGCUUCCCCUGAUUUCUGCGGUCAAGGGUGGUAAGGAAGAGGGAAGUGAGGCCAGGUUCUGCUGUCCACUGCAUGUCCUCGCUGGGCUCAAUAAGCCGACUCCCUGUCCAAAUCGGGGGGACCUGGGGCUCAGGGAGAGCUCAGAGGGCAGGUCCUAGGCUGGAGGCCAGUGGGAGUUCCUUCCACCUGAAAGGGGUCCCUUUCGGGAAAAACACCGAAGAAGCCUAGCCACGUUUUCAUCUUCCCCCAUCUGUAUGGGGAGGGCUUCUCAGCGCUUGUCGAGUGGGAGCAGGGUCUCGGCCCUUGGCCUCCUCUCUGGCAUUGCAGGGUGGCGGCUGAUGCCAGUGGCGUCUGAGCGGAGCAUGAGCAGGCCAGACCUCGAGGGCUGGGCGAGUCUUCUGCACUGCGCAUGCGUGCACUCAUGGCGGUGCACAGAGGCGUCUCCCCUCGCCUGCCUCACCACCUCACUGCCCUGCCCUGCUCGGACGGGACGCAGGCUGGCACAGACGGGUCUUCCACUGGCUGUCAGGGGUGACAGCUUCGGAGGUCCUGCGGGGAAGCUUCUCAAUGCAUUCCCUCCUCUAGACACUAUGAACGUAUCAGCCCUUGAGCAACUGGAGGGCUGCGGGUAAUUUAGGAUGCACAGAAAGCUGUAAUUUAACUCACAGUAUCUCGCUGUGAGAGCAUUAAAGAUGUAAUUAAGAUGUUUA